CAUCAACCAAAACUCUCGUUUUUAUAAGGCCUCUCGCUCGUCUCCUUCCCUCACUCGUCCCACUCCGCUCCGCUCCUCAGCAUCUCUCCCUUCUCAUCUUUGCUUCUUGGAAAUGGCGUCUCGACUCCUCCUCUCCACCUCAACGCCUCUCCUCCUCCCCUCUCCCCGCCGCAGCGUCGCAACCCCCUCGCUUCGCUACCCGCCGUCCCUCGCCUUCCCAAAACCCUUUCGAAGCCCCAACCUUUGGCGCCCCAGUUCGUCGAAUUGCCUUCGGUUCUUUGGUAGAACUCACGACAGAGGGACGUCGAUCGGAGGUGCAGAACCCGAGAGUCCGAUCCCUCAGGAAGCUCCCUUCGGCGAGGACUCGGCGGCGUUCGAUCCUGGGCAGCAAAAGCUCUCAUCUUGGGCCUAUUUCACGGCCAUACUCGGUGCCGUUCUCGUCGCGCUCGAUGUACUGUGGAUUAGUCCGUCCACGGGGUUCGGCACGGUGUAUAUCGAUGCGGUUUCUCGACUUUCUGAGCGCCCGGAGGUUGUACUAUUGAUGCUUAUCUUCAUUUUCGCCAUUGUCCAUAGUGGUUUGGCAAGUCUGCGUGAUGAUGGUGAAAAGCUCAUAGGAGAGAGGGUUUACCGAGUUCUGUUUGCUGGGGUUUCACUUCCUUUGGCAGUCAGUGCUGUUGUUUAUUUCAUUAAUCAUCGAUAUGAUGGCACUCAAUUGUGGCAACUUCAGAAUGUCUUUGGACUCCAUGAGCUCGUGUGGUUCUCAUCCUUCGUAUCCUUCUUUUUUCUCUACCCCUCCACCUUUAAUCUUUUAGAAGUUGCAGCUGUUGAUAAGCCAAAAAUGCACCUCUGGGAAACAGGAAUUAUGAGAAUCACCAGACACCCACAGAUGGUUGGACAGGUAAUAUGGUGCUUGGCCCAUACACUGUGGAUUGGAAACACUGUAGCAGUGGCGACCUCUGUUGGCCUGAUAGCUCAUCACAUAUAUGGUGUUUGGAAUGGUGAUAGGCGGCUGGCAGUACGAUAUGGUGAAGCUUUCGAAGUUUUAAAGAGCAGAACAAGUGUAAUUCCUUUUGCAGCAAUCUUGGAUGGGCGUCAAAAGUUGCCCAAGGAUUAUUACAAGGAAUUUAUCCGGCUACCUUACUUAACGAUCACAAUUUUGACUCUGGGUACAUAUUUGGCACAUCCACUUAUGCAGGCAUUCAGUUUUCGACUUCAUUGGUGAUGCCAGCUUGCAGUAUUUUGUAUAGUAUUUAUUUAAGAUCAGCACAGAUGUGAUGCUGAAGCCAAAUCCAUUUUUCAUGUGAUAAAACUGUAGGGACAAAUUUCCAGGCAUUUUCAUCAUAUAGUUGAAGGAUUCUAUUGUAAAGAAUGUUGAAAGCCUUCUCUUUACAGUUUCA